UAUAACUUUAUUUGGUUAAUUGACGUUUACCAUUCUUCUUUUCGCGCUUCCUGGGUAGAGGGUUCAACUCAAUUACAUCCGGAACCAGCAAUGGCGAACAAUAUGCCGCUGCCUGAUCUACCUCUCGAGCUCAUCCGUCUCAUCAUACGAUUCACCUGCCAAAGUUAUAAGAACUAUCAAGAUGUCAGAUAUCUCAGUUUGCGCAGGAUCAACCAGUCAUUCAACCUAGAAGUGCUAGAAAUAUACUACCAGAAUGUAGGGGUCAACAUUAAUCUAAAUGAAAUGUCUAUCCGGGAAUUGCUGCAAAUGCCAGAUGUGUUCGCGGGCCGCAUCUUGCAAGAAGGCAUGGGGAUAAAUGAUUCGAGAAUAUCCGAGUCCUGUAGCCAUAUGCAUGCUGUAGCAGAUGUCUUGACUGAGCAGUUUGAGCGUGCCGGUAACCCUUGCUUUCGAAAAUCGAUUCUGCACGACAUCGGCCGAGCAAUCUUCAAAGUCCGCCCUGAUGAUGCAUGGAUCUGGAUACAUGUUCUCAUGGAACGAAAAGAGCAGCCGACAGAGCCAUGGGUGGGACCCAUUGAUCGCCAUGAAGCGAUGCGCAUGGCUUUCGUGGUAGCAGUUGCGAUGAAUCGUGAGGAAGUCGUACGCCAAAUGCUUCGAAGAGGAGAAGCUUCAGCCACGGCUUAUUCUCGAUUCCUGCAUUCUCCUCUGCCACCGGCAAUCAAAUUCGGCCACGAAAACAUCUUGAAGUUGCUAUUAGAUGCCGGCGCGGAAAUUCCCCGGCGUCCGUUUGGCAUCGAACACGACGGUCCUCGUGGGGAGUUGUACAGCGCGGUGACAGCUGCUGCCAAACGUGGGUACACUGGCGUGCUUGAGCCUUUGUUGCAGCGCGACAGCACCAAAGAGCUGACUCACCAGGUUCUCAAGUUCACGGCGCAAUUCGGGCACUGGGAUCUCGUCAAUCUGAUUAUGGACCGCCAUCUUACGCAUGAACAGUGGAAUAUCACUCUCACCAAGAAGAGAGUCGUCGAAUGCUCCUGCCAUCCAGGCGAACCCGAUACUUUUACGCCCAAAACCAUGCAAAGGGUCGUCCAAUGCGCUGCGAGAGACGGCAAGAAUGAAUUACUACUGCGGCUAAUCCGAGGUGGGCUGAUAGUGCGCAACAACGCCACAGGUACAAAAAAGUUCCCAUUACAGCUAGCAGCUGAGGGUGGACACUUUUCCACCUGCAAACUCCUACUCGAUCACGGCGCACUAGAUGUUCCCGAAGAAUACGAGGGCGAGGUACACAACCGCAACAGAGUAGACUCACUCGUUCGCGCCGUAGCUACAGGUGGCAACAUGGACAUCCUCCACUUAUUCCAGAACCGGGGGCUUUGGAGCCGCACAUCUGCCCUCCAAGUCCUCCCCAUUGCCGCCGAAAACGGACAUCUGGAAAUGGCCAAAUACGCUGUAGAGCACGGUAUGGAUUUCCCAACCAAGCGCAAAACACUCAGCAAUGCCUAUAUCCACGACGCGUGGGGCAAUGCGCUCUGUAUCCAUUGCCAAAGAAGCACAUACCAGCAUGAUCUCCGCUACUUUGCGUUCCUCCGCGCCGUAGCAUUCGGCCACAUGCAUGUCGUGCGAUGGCUCGCGGAACAAUUGCACAUAAACUCGGAUCAAAUCCGCUCCAUGAGCGACUGGUCGAGCACGUAUGCGCUGCGCUACGGAGUCAAGGACCCCAUCUUAUACAUCAUCGACACGGGCAACAUCGACAUGCUGCUCCUCUUGCAACAAUAUGUCGGCAAAGGCGAAGAAGUUCAAACGAACCCGUUCCACGAGGAUGAGGAUACGGUGUUUGGCACCAGAUGCAGGGACCGUGUCGUUAAUCUUUCAAGCCAUUAUCCCGUCGAGCUUGGGCUUGGGAGGCGCCCAUUCCGCGAGUAUAAGCUGGGAAAACGGCAUCUAAGGGAGGAGGUUUAUCGGCUCGCGAUCGGCGAGCCCUGGUGGGUGUGGAGUUGA